AUGGCCACAAAGACUAUUGAAUCAGUAUCAAUUGGAGUAAAACUCGACGGGAAUAACUUCCCUGUUUGGUCGCGCUUGAUGCGUAUCGCGAUUGGCGGUCGCGAAUUGCUUGACCAUAUCGAGGGGGAUGCGGAGCCACCCAAGAAGGACGAUCCCAAGUUCAAAUCGUGGCAGGCAGCCGACUAUGUUGUCUUCUCUUGGAUGAUUCAGAACAUGGAACAACGCCUUGUUCUCCAGUUUGCACAACACCAAACAGCGGCCUCGAUGUGGCGAAGCCUGCAAACAAUGUUCGGAGCCCGAAAAGACCCCCUCCAGAUAUACGAUCUAGAGGAUCGAACGAACAAACUUGUCCAAGGGAAUGAUACCCUCGAAGCAUAUUGGGCAGAAUUGCAGAACCUCUGGGUUAGGAUGGACAUCCACAAACCCUGCCCGUAUACAUGCUGUGAUGAAGGCCCCAAGAUUUACCAGGCAGAGACCCAAAUCAAGAGGCUUCACCAAUUCCUCUCCGGCGUCAAUGUCAAAUACGACGGACUCCGGCGAGAAUUGUUGAAGGAGGAUCCAACCCCCGAUGCCGAAACAGCACUUGGCAUAUUGAAGCAGGGGAGGGCCGUAUCGGCAUCUGGAGGCAGCCGCAAACUCUGA